AUGCCGUAUCAGCUGUGCGUGCUCGGCUGCGGCACGAUGGGCGUUGCAGUUCUGUCCGGCGUGUUGGACAACCUGCGGGCCCCGCGCUCGUCGAGGCAGUCGAACGGGCCGGACGAGAGCGGCCCCUCGACGCCCAUGGGCAGCCUUAUCCUCGACAACAACAGCAACCCGACGUCUUUGCCUGAUCGCUUCAUCGCAACUGUCAACCGCGCCGAGUCGGCCAAGAAGCUUCGCCGGACGUUCUUUGAGUUGGGCGGAUUCGGGCCGUCUGUCGAGGUGCGACAGGCGUCCGAGAAUGUCAAGAGUGUCGCAGAGUCGGACGUCAUCCUUCUCUGCUGCAAGCCUCAACUCGCCGCGCAUCUCCUCCUUGCUCCUGGCAUGUCCGAAGCACUCGAGGGGAAGCUUCUCAUCUCGAUCCUGGCGGGUACGACCAUCUCGAUGAUGCGCGAGUGGGUCCCGUCGAGCUGCACGGUCGUGCGGAGCAUGCCCAACACGCCGAGCAAGAUCCGUGAAGGCAUGACGGUCGUCUCUUCGCUCGACCCCUCAGACUCGAAGACUCCCGUCAACCGCGAGAUCCUGAUGGCGCUCUUCACGCCUCUCGGCAAGUGUCGCUUCAUGGACGAGAAGCACUUUGACGCAGUCACAGCCGUCUGCGGUUCCGGUCCUGCAUUUGUCUGCGUCGUCUUGGAAGCCAUGGCCGAUGGAGGUGUCAUGAUGGGUUUGCCGCGGAGCGAGGCGCUGGAGUUGGCUGCGCAGACGAUGCAAGGAGCGGCACGGAUGGUGUUGCAGACAGGCAUGCACCCCGCCGCGCUCAAGGACAGCGUCACAACGCCCGGCGGGUGCACGAUCGCUGGACUGCUAAGUCUUGAGGACGCUCGGAUGCGUUCGGCAGUCGCGCGAUGCAUCCAGCUCACCGCAGAGCACGCCGCGGGGCUGGGCAAGAAGUGA